UCACUGUGUAGGGUUUAUCACUCUCAAAAGCCCUCAUUUUUUUUUUCUCUAUUUUCCAGAAACACCCAUUACCCAGCUUUACAUGAGUAGUUGAAAACUAAACAUGCACACAAUUAAGGGUGGUUGGGUCGGGCAAACAUUUGCCCUUGCUACUUGCAAUGACUCUGGUGGCCGGAAGACUAGGAUUAGGCGUUCGAAAGAAGAGAGGAAGUCUAUGGUUGAAACUUUUAUAAAGAAAUAUCAGAAGUCAAAUGAUGGGAAUUUCCCAUCACUUAAUUUGACGCACAAGGAAGUUGGUGGCUCUUUCUACACAGUACGAGAACUAGUUCGCGAGAUAAUUCAGGAAAAUAGAGUUCUAGGUCCAGCUAAGUUAUCUCCUGAAGAGCAGAACAAUAUCAUUUUUGCAGAAGAAUAUCCACUAGGAUCCAUAUCAACUGAACCGCAAAGUUUAUCUUUGUCUGGUGAGACCCAUGUUAUGUCAAGUUAUGCGCCCAACCAUUACAUGGGUAAAUGUGAAGAAGCUGAUUUUGGCAUGAAUAGACAGCUUGAUAUAGAUGAGGUGAUGGUUGCAGAUGAUGGACUACAAACUAGCACAAGUGACGUUUCCGAGAGGAUUGAACAGUCUGAUGAAUCAUUCAUAAUUGAUUCUGAAUCUGAUCAUCAAAAAAACAAGGAUGAGGUUUUGCAUUUUAGUGGGAUUAAUGGAGUUGACCAUGAGAUGCUCAAUGAACAAAUGACUGGUGACUCUGAGACAACCGAAGAAAAUGAAAUCUCUGGUAAAUCUGACUCAGUCAACACCCUCUCUUUCAAGCAUCAAAAUACCAGUGCACAAGUUUUAGAUUCUACUGAGAUCAUCUCUGAAAGUGUGAAUGUGAGUCUCCUCUCUGGGGUUGAUGCUAGUCUUCCUACAGUUAAAAAUGAUGAAACAUACGGAGAACCAAUAUUUACAAAGUCGGUGGUAGGAGAGAAUCUAGAUGUUGAAGGUGGAUUGAAUGAACUAGAAGCAUCAAAAGCUGGAAUGCCUCUUAAAACGUCAGAAUUACUGGUGGAGAAGUUUCCCCUGCGACCCAUUUCUAAGAAAAUAGAUGAUUUGGAUUCAGGAUUAAAUGAAACAACUAGUGUAGCAAAAACAUUGGAAGAAACUGAACAUGAACACGACAGGAUAGCCUCUUUGGAAAAAGCUGCAGAACCUGUAAAUGAGCCAGUUGAUGUGAUGAUAGCUGAUCCAACAACAGAGAAGUCGAGUAAAUUGUUGAACGAGAAAACAGAGGCGAAAGCUGGAGAGGCAUCAUUGGAAAUUUUAAGUUCCUCAGAAGAAAGAGUGGCCAUUGCCACUAAUGUAGGAGUUAAGGCCGCAUCAACUGUAAGUGAGACAGUUAAUGCUUAUGGUCCUAUGCCUAAUGAGACUGUUGGUAGCAGUAGCGCCAGCGGUACUUCUAAGAAACCAGCUGCGGAUGAGUUGGUUGAAGAUAAAGGCAAAGCCAGCAUUCAACAUGGUAGCAGCCAUCAGAAAGGAGUCAAUCCUCCACUAGACAGAAUUCAUCUUGAAACAUGGAAAGGCACUUCAACAAAAUCCGGUGAACGUGAAACAAAUCCAUUCCUUGCUUUAUUGAAGGCAUGUGUCACAGCUUUAGUGAAAUUUUGGACUGAAGAAUAGCUUCUUUGCUUUUCCUUUGAGUGCUUUGAAUCUGGCUAUAGAUCCAGCUGCUGCUACAGUGAUAUUUUCGGUACAUGGGGGAACAUUUUUCUCGAAUUAUAUCAUUUCGAAGCUGCAAUGGAAGUUACAUCCUCUACCACAGGGGGAUCUCUCAAACCAAAAUCUCAACGUUUUCGGUGAUAUCUUAGUUGUAUGAUAGAACUUGUGCUAGUUGUGGUUUAGUAAGUAUUUUUUAGAUGGAUUUAUCACAU